AAUGCCAGCAGAAUAUGAAAUCUGGAAUACCUGCCUUGAAAUGCCAGAAUCAGCUAAAUGGGUUUGGACCUCACCAAGUUUAUCCUCGAAGCAGCUGCAGCAGCAGUGAACUCUCCUUGUCUAGCGCCUGCAGUGAAUAUUCCAGCAGUUCCUCUUGGAAUGAUGGGAAAGCAUGCAAGAAAAAGUCAGUAAGCUGGGAUAAAAGGAUAAGUAUAGGCUCUUCACUCCCCAGCAACCAUUCCAGUCCUGCUGAUGACCUACCUCCAACUCGUAUCAAGGAAAACCACAUUUUGGAUGGGCUGAAGAAGCUACAAAAACAAAAAAAAACAUUAGAACCUCCUUCGGUUGUAUCCAAAUGGGGCUAUAAAGAUUGCAUGGAUUCUAACGAAGGAAUCUAUUCUCCUGGAAUUAAGUACGGCACUCAUAAAGAACAGGCUAAUGGCAGGCCUGAAACGGAAGCGGCUUGCCUCGAUCACCAAAAAAUCUUUGUAUAUGAUUCUGAUUCCCACGAGGAUGUGGAUGAUGACUCUUCACCUUUAGCGCUACUGCAUGAACUACCAAGGAAAGACUGUCGGCACUACUAUAAUAAAUUAACUCACAGUGUUUCUGACAGCUUAUUUGGCUGGGAACCUGAUAGAAGGCAUUUAUCAGAAAUAAGUUCUUACUUUAAUUCAAAGGAAAAGCCCGAAAAACUGACUAGUUUUGUCAAUGGAUUUCAAUUGGGUGCAAAAUCGUGCAGGGAUAUGAAGCUGCCUGUGCUGCAGAUAGAUAAAAGUCUUUCCAGUGUAAGCUGGAGAGACCUUAAUUUACACCUUUCAGAUACUGAUGACAAUGAAAUCCUUGAUGAAUUACAUAUAGAAAGCAGCGAUGAGAAAAGCCCACCGUAUUUGUCAUUAGCACCCUCUGCAGAAAAGAACACAGAGAGCUGUGGUGUGCUUGGGGAGAAAGGAAACACUCAGCUGGCAUCUUCUGAAAAACAAGCCCCUCCCCCAGACAUCAGGACAAAGGCAUGCAAUUUUAUUAAGCAACAAAAAAUUAUAAAGAAGACUUCUUCAGAAGAAUGUAUUACUGUAAUAUUCGAUGCCGAAGAUGGCAAACCUAUUGAAUUUAAUUCACAUCAGGCUGGAAUUGUUACUGUAACUAGAAAUGAAAUUUCAAUUCACCAGCCGUGUGAUGCAGAAAACACUACGUGUUUAUCUCAGGGAGUAUCUAAUUUGCAAAAUGCAAUAGAUGCUAAAAGCUGCCAUGUUAUGCAAAUGCCUGUUAAUAAAGCAGAGAGAAAAACUGCCCCAAGUGAUUUCAAGGAUGACUGUGCAAGUGUCCCUACUCCCCACAUCAGAGAUUGCCCUAUCCAUUUCGGAAAACCACUGUGUCAAAAUACCUCUCAACAAAAACUAACCAAGCCUGGAUGCAGUAUUUCUUCUCAUUUGAGCUCCCCUUCUUGUAUCCAGGGGGGUAAUAAUCAAAAGCACAAGUUAACAAAAGUAUCCAGCAGAGAAAGGUUUUUACCCCAGACGGCAAAAGUGCCCGUGGCUGAAAACUUUCCUUUAGUCUCUUCACAUUGCUUUAAGACCUUGGAUAAAGGUCCACGGUCACCUGCAAAAUGGUCGAGACGCCAAAAGAUGCCAAAUCCAAAUCAGAAUUCAAAAGUAGGCUUGAAUAACUGCAAGAUGUUAGCCCAUCCAGACACUAAGAAUUUGCUCUCAGAGUCAACUGCCCUGCCUCAGCAUCUUCUAGAGCCUGUCCAUAGUGAAGAGAAACCAACCAGAGAUGUCCAUUGUGAUGGGGCACCAGUGGAGGCCACAUCUCCAUCCCCUCCCCUUCCUACUGACAGAUCAGCUUCAUUGUUAAUUAGACCACAUUAUGAACAUUCACCCCCUGCUCUUGACCAACCAGGAGCGGGUUUUCUCAGUGAUUCAAGAAAAGACGUCCAGUUGUCACCACAGAAAGGAAAGUCAGUGCCUGUUUGUCAUAACGUUGCUGUUUAUGAAACAAAAACUGCUAAGCUGCCUGCAACACCUCCAGUUGAAUCAAACCAUUUUCAGGACAAGGGAGAAGGCAAAUGCAUAUCAGAAAAGUCCCCUGCCACAAGCCAAGUCGUUUCCAAGAUUUUCACCAAGAAAACUGGUCCACCAAAUUCAAACUUGCCCAUGUUCUACAGCAACCAAGAACUGUAUAAUUCCAGAGUUGUCCCUACAGCUUUCACACCGCAAGAUAUAAGCUCCCUGCCUCAGGAGACUGGUGUACCUCAGAAACCAAAGUUUCCCGAAAGUUUCUGCACUUCAUUGGAGCAUCACAUAAGUACAGUUGGGGAACAGAGUGUAUUGCCGCAAAUCAACCCUUCUCCAGUUCCUUUGCUAUUUCAGGGAAGGGAUGAUGGAAGCUUGUCUGACAAGGUCCUGAAGCCCCAUCUCUCUGUGGGACUGAAAUUAUUCAUAACAUCUCCCCGCUUUGUCAGAAAGAGUUCCACCGUGCCAGGAAAGCAGGAAAAAGACUGUAUGAAUGCAGCCUCUAAAUGCAGCGUGAAUUCAGAUAAACAGAGGCAAGGUGACUCUUCACCUCAAACCACUAUAGACUCGGCGGACCCUGAAGAAUGGAGUCCAGAGCCCCAAAUAAAGGAAAGUUUCUCAAAAAAGCUCAAAAUGGACCCAGCCUUCCCCAUUUCCUCUGAAACUUGCAAUUUGAUAGAGCCGGAUAGAUUUGAAAACAAAUCUGUUAAAAGAUCCCUUUCUUCUAGUAAUAAAGCAUACCUGAAGCCAGCUCUUGGCAUGACUGGAGCCAAGGCCCGUAGUCAAAGUUUCAGUAUUUAUACUGAAGAAAUAUUGCACGCGCCUUCCCCAGAACGGUUGGGAAAAGUGAGAACGCAGAUUAUAACAAACACAUCAGAACGAGGGAAUUCUCUGACCAGGCAAAACUCAGCAGUGGAGGGAUUACAAAUGAAGCUCGUUUCAGAAUCGGCUGGGACAGCAGAGGUGGCUCCUGCAGUUCCUUGCACUCGGCAAGGCGUUUGUGCAAAAGUGACCGGUUCCAAUAGUCAGAUGAGCAACCCAAGCAAGCUGCCGUUUCGAACGUCUCCAAAAGGAGAUCUGUGCGUCAGCAUUUUGAAAAAGGGGAUCCAAAAAUCAGCAUCCCAGAGCGAAGUUCCAAAAACACCUGGCCAAGAUGAAAAAAGCAGUGACGUUUCCAAGCGUCAGUCGGCAGUGGAAAAAAGUGUUACCCAGACAGAAAUCAACCAAACCAGUGUUUCCUCGGGCCAAGUUUUCCCAUUUCAGAAAAACGUGGACAGGAUGGAGCGUCAUCAUAAAGCCGAAGGAAGCAAGACAGCAUUGCAAGAAAUGUGUCUAAAUGGUCCCGAAACCUCUGGAAAGGCUUCGGUUUCAACCAACUCACAUCCUACAAUAGAAGAAAAAGUGAUGUUGUGCAUACAAGAGAACAUGCAGAAAGGACAAGGGCAAAACCCAUCUGGGCCUGAGAUGAAACAAAAAAAUGGGGGCCCUUCUCUUGCCAGCUGGUUUGGUUUCCGUAAAAGUAAACUCCCAGCCCUGAACAGCCGAAAAAUAGAUACCUCAAAAGUCAAAGUAGAAAAGAAAGAGGCCAAAGGUUCAGCUUUUGGAAGUAAGCAAGCAAAAUCGGAAAAAAGGAAAGACAAAAAGAAAAGUGAACAGCACUGCGAAGCGGAAAAUGAGCUCAACAGGAAAACCUCUGUCCUUUUAGAUGGUGCUCCCAAAGGAAAAAAAAUGGCAAAAGCUGUUCACCCAAACCCAAACCAAACAAGAUCCGAACAGAAAAACAGCCCUACUGCUACCUACUCAGGAAAAGACAACUUUAUGAAAGAGCUUUUACACAGAGUUGAUAAGAAGGCAGCCCAGCAGACAGAAAGUGGAUCAAAAAAUGUUUCCUACAGGAGCGUGUCGAAGAGCCUAUCCCAGGGCUCUCCUCUUCCCAGCAACUCCAUCAAUACUCAAAGAAACCAGAAGAAAAACAGCAAAACAAAGGUUGAUAUAGAAAUACCAAACGAGACCUUGGUCAAGGUAGUAAGAGAAAACUUUCAAGAAGAUGCAGAAGAUAACCUCCCAGAUUCAAGAAAUCAAAGCCAUUUAAUAGAAUCUUGCUGCCAAAUGAGGACAUUGGACAGUGGAAUAGGAACCUUUCCUCUUCCAGACUCAGGAAACCGUUCAACGGGCCGACACGUUUCUAAACAAGGACUGGAUUUAGAAAACGAAGAUUUCACCUCACCCGAGCAACCUUUUCCUCAGACUCCAUCUGAGAAAGCCCAAACCCUAGAACGAGAAGUGCCUUCAACAACUAAUAAAAGCCCGGGAUCUGUCGAGAGUGUAAUUUCUCAUUCAGCAUCAGAUCCUACAAUGGCUGAUAGAGGCGUGCGGGCUUUGCAGAGUCAUCUUCCGAAAGCAGCUUCUUCAGGAGUAACAGGUCCCGUGGGGAAAAACAGUCAAGAAUCGAGUUGUUUGGCUUCGGCAUCAUUAGAUGAUUCAGAGAAAGAAAAAAACAGCAACGUAAAGAUGUUUCCAGACUGGAGCAGCAAGAAUGUUAUCAAAGCCAAGGACAGGGCACUGAGAGUGUGCACUUACUCUGCUAGCAGUAGCAGUGAUACCGAAAUGGAGCUAGAGCAUGAAACAAAUGAUUUUGGAACUGGAGGGGAAAUGUUGGUAGAUUUAAUGAAGAGCAACAAACAAGGUACUGUACCAUUUGUGCAUGGAAAUGUAUUAAUCCCACUUCUGUGGUGA